AUGCGACUUGAAUUUUCAAGUGAGUUUGAAGACAUUGCAUUUGUAGUCAAGUAUUUCAACAGAGAUGCAUACUUAGAAAGAGCAGACGAAGGGAUACGCCUGUUUGACGGUAAAGAUACACAUAAUGGGCUCGAUGCUGUUCUAAAAGCUUUGUAUACUAUGCAUGAGCAAGAUUCAGAUGAAAAGAGAAUACGAGAGGCCAAAAGACUCAGAGGAUGCCCUGAGGUUCGAAAGAUAGAAAUAUGCAUUGGUACACUUAUUUCUUUCCACAACAUUUACCGUAUGGCUAUACUACAAGGGAGUUUAAAGAACAAAGGUUUUAUUGAUGGAAUGGCAGAAGAAAUCAGUAAGAAGAUGGCAAUCGAUGUAGAUAUUCAGUUGCUGGAUAUACAGGUUGGCGAAAUAGCAAGCGUGGAUGAUGUUCCAGGUCUUGAUAAACUUUAUGCAGAGGAGGUUAAUGCAAAAGAAAAGAUUCAUGUGCUGAGUGGAUUGAAAGAGCAUGUUAGAAGAGAGGAUCUGCGGGGAAAGAAGUUUUUGUUUGUUACAAACAUCAAACCGAUCAAGUUCAAAGGAGAGACGUCUGAAGGAAUGAUUCUAUGUGCAAAAGAUGAGAAUGGACGGAUUGAGCCGAUACAAGUAUCAUAUACUGCAGAUAAUGGAGCAAGACUUUGCUUGGAAAACAAGGAGCAGAUAAUGAGUGACUUUUUAUCUGGAAAGGUUGAUAUGAAGAAAAGUUCAUAUGAAAAUGUGAUAAAAUCUCUGAGGAUUGUUGAUCAUGUGCUGAUGUUCAAGGAUACAAAGGUUUUAUGCAACAGAGAGUAUAUCAGAACCCAAGUUGCAAAUGGAUCUGUAAGUUAA